AUGUCCCUUCAGAUUGAGGACUACACAGGGGCUAUUCCAGUCAUAAUUUCCCUUAGCGACACCGAUUGCAGUGUACAAGAGAAACCAGCCCCGCUCAUGUAUGUAUUGCCACGUACUUCUGUUUUGAUGGCGGUACGCACAGAAGUACAAAAUUACUUUUCUGCCUUUACAGUCGCCAAGGCAGACUCCACACCUCUCGUGUGGCUUACGUGUAAGGGUGAACCAGUACCAUGGCAGUACCCUGUAGGGGCCAUCAAAGAUAGUAUUAACGCCUCGGUGAUUGCAGGACUAUGCGAACCAGCUAAAAAAUUUAUUACAACAUCUACAGAUACCAUAAAAGAUACAUUAGCCUCACCAGCUGAAUUGUAUCCAACAGUAUUCGCUUUGCCAUUAACAUUAGAAGCACGCAUUACGUGUUUAGCCACAGAAAAACCAUUUUCUAUACCGUGUCCUGGACAAGAGGAUGCUGCUUCCCGCCGUAACGGAGAACAGGCGGUGUCUGAAUAUCUGAAACAGGUAAUGAAAGGUACCUUUUCUCUUAUGUAUGGUAGUAUAAAGGCAUUAAUGGAUACACGUAGUGAAGUUAUAAAUGAUGUCUUGAGUCUCGCAACUUGUACUUCUACAGGAGAUCCAUUUAUACGGGCAUUGAGAGCUUAUAAUGAUCGUGUGGCUGGAUUACGGCGGGUGACAGGUGAACCACAGAAUAUAGCACUUAUGCUUAAUGUUCCACUUGGUAAGAAUCCUUUGCAUUUUGCACUAUUUCGAGUACCCACUAUGAUAGGAAGUCUAUACGAUGAAAAGACUUCUGUGGGUGAACAAAAUGAAGAGGUUGUACCUUCUGGCAACGAUAAUAAUAAUAAUAAUAAUAAUAAUAAUAAUAGUAGCAUGGAUCUUAAUAAGGAACAUGUAGGUAGUACUAAACCCAAAAUAUCAGUACUUGAAAUGCCUUUUGGAGAAGUAAUUUGGCGAGCACUCCUUGAACCAUAUCUUAUGUGGAGAAAAUUUCAUGGUAGAAAUGAUGAUGGUACUAGUGGUGCUAAUAGUAAUAGUAAUAAUGCUAAUAAUGAUGCUAAUGACAUCUCUGAUGAUUCUGCAUCAACUCUAUUACCGUGCUCUGCACCUAUUCUUCGUGCACUCACUCCCUUUUACAGAGGUUUAGAAGAUAAGUCAUCCUCAAGCAGUACAUUAUAUUCAGGAACUGAAUCCCUUGUGCGUGAGUUUAUAGCGGCUGCUGAUGCCACAGAUGAAGAGAAAAUGAUUCAUGUAGUACUUCCCUCAUUACCCCGUAGGAAACGCCGUUUGUCCUUUAUGCUUCAGGGUUUACAACCACCAUUGCAAACUCCAGUGGGUUAUCUUCUUGAACGCUUUACUUCUGCGGAUGGCCGGUUGUACGUUACACUGGUAACUCUAUGA